AUGAUCGUCGACAAGAUCGAGCCGUUCCACCAGCCCUUCGCCAUCGAAAAUUGGACACUCCACUAUCCGUAUGCGAAGAAGGAGCGCGUCACCGUUACCAUGGCGGCCAUCUUUGCUGUCGGCUUCCCCAUCGUAAUCAUUACGUUUUACACCAUGAUCAUCGACGGGUUAUUCUCGCAUCAGACAGCUAUGCCAACGGGCAGAGGAGGGGUGAAGCGCCUCACUGGCCGCUAUAGGCUGAAGGAUAGGCUCUGGGAGCUGAAUUGCGGCAUACUCGGGCUCAUGCUCAGUGUGGGCGCUGCUUUCACAAUCACUGGAGCCUUGAAGAAUGCGAUUGGAAAGCCCCGCCCGGAUAUCGUGGACAGAUGCCAGUUGAAGGAUGAAGUACUGAAGAGGUUCGCCGAGGACAAAUCACGGAUAAUAUUAGCCACCGUCGCGGAUUGCAUGCAAAAGGACAAUUACAUCUUGCAGGAUGGCUUCAAGAGUUUCCCAUCAGCGCAUAGCAGUGUUUCGUUCGGAGGUCUUUUCUACCUCUCCAUCUACCUUGCCGCAAAGCUCCACGUACUCGAUUCAAAGGGUGAGGUUUGGAAGUCAUUCAUCGUCCUCGUACCGACGCUCGGGGCUGCGCUCAUUGCUGGAAGCCGCAUCAUGGAUGCCCGUCACCAUCCGUUCGAUGUUCUAUCCGGCAGCUUGAUGGGUAUCCUGGUUGCAUGGGGUUCUUACCGUCAGUACUUUCCUCCGGUCUCGGAAACUUGGCGCAAAGGUCGGGCAUAUCCCAUUCGAGCGUGGGGUAAGGGUCCCGCCAUGCCGCCUCCGACUGUGGAUAUUGCAGAAGAUAUACAACCGCUGCGACCUGUGCGGUCUGCUACAGAUGAAGAGCGGGGAACAUCAUCAGCAAUUCCGGAAGCCGAUGAACACGGUGGCAACGUCUUCCGCCAGCAAAUUUCACAAUCGCAAAGGCGAAGGCAGGAAGAGUUUGGGGGCAUACGACCGAGCGACACGAUCAGUUCGACAUACUCCUCCAAGGUCGCUGGAUAUCAGGGACAGCUUCCCGCCUCGAACCCAUUUGCGAGUUCCAGUCUACGUCAGCAUGAUAAUUACGAAUACUCUUCUUCCGAAGACGACGAGAACAUUGAGUUGCAACACCAAUAUUCUCUUUCAGGGCGCCCUUUGGCAGGUCAGCACGGGGCCUCUUACGACCCUGUAGCUGGUCAGCUCACAGACACGGGGUACCACCCUGCCCAGGCCGUUACACCUACCCCUACACCUCCUCCAACACAGCAGAGACCUACUGGAGAUAUAUCAGAAGCUACGAGCGCGCCGCCGCCGCCACCUCACGCUAUUGGGACCACGGCUCAACAAGUGUAG